AUGGCAACCCCAACAAAUUAUCCUCUACCUUUGCCCGGUGCCAGUGGCGACUCAAGCAGAGUAAGCAACAGUCUGACCCAAAGGGUGGCACAGUGGAAACAGCAAGUUCGAUCUUAUCCUCGACAUAAAAAAGUUGAAAAACUGGCAGUGUAUUCAUCUUGCAAGUAUGAGGAUUGCAAAUGUAAUGGCUGGAAGAGUCAUGAUCCGACGUCAUCAUCAUCCUCCCAAGUCAUCAACCAGCCAGAAAGUUCCCAAUCGUCUGCGUCAUUGAGUGAUCCAUGUAGAAGCUGCAACCAUAAUUUGGAGAUGCACAUAUCCCAUUUGGAGAACUCAACUGAUGAUGAAUUGAAUCGACUGCUCGGCAUCGUCGUUGAUGUAGAACAUUUGUACAACUGUGUACGCAAGGAGGAGGACUCGGAUACUAAACAAGUUUACUUCUACCUCUUCAAGCACCUGAGGAAGUGCAUAGCUAGCAUGACGACUCCAUCCAUUGAGGGCCACAUCGGACAGCCCCCCUUCGAAAAACCAUGCAUUGCCAAGGGUGUGACAAACUUCGUGCUGUACAAAUUCGGACAUCUGGUACAGAGUGAAUGGCAGACUAUGUACGAGGUGGCCAAAAUGUUUCUGCACUGCUUGAACCACUGGAAGCUGGAGACACCGGCCGUUCGGAAGGUCAACAUCCUACCAGAUGAGCUGGCUGCUUAUAAGAUGAACUACACGAGAUGGUUGUGCUUUUGCCACGUACCGGCCAUAUGCGACAGUCUUCCACGUUAUGAAACGACCAUCGUCUUUGGACAGACACUCCUCAAGUCGGUCUUCCACACGAUGAAGAAACAACUUCUCGACAAGUUCGCUGCAGAGAAGGAGAAAAUGGCGCCUGAAAAGAAAGUUCUUGUUCUCACACAUUUUCCCAGAUUUCUGACGAUGCUGGAGGAUGAGAUCAGCAGUGCUUCCUCACCAAUAUGGGACCAGGAUUUCAUGCAGAACGUUCUGCCUGGUGCUAAUGCUGGUGUGUUGUCGUUGCUUGACGUGCCGACAUUGAACAACAAUUCAUUCUCCACUUCGUGCUCAUCAUCGUCAGCACCGACUCCAUCGUACGCAGCACUUACUCAGUUCAUCAACAAUCAAAACAGCAACGUCAAGAAAAAAGGAGGUGUGGUUGAGAUUUUGAUGGAGCCCCCUCGCAAGGUCAUCGAUGGAGACGUCCCUGCUGAACUCGUGGCCGAGGUCCUGCACGCCAUCAAUGAAAAAAAUAAAGAAGUACUCAGCGGCACAUUGAUGGCACAUGCCCACGCUUCUCGAGAUGAGAUAGCCCGACAGGAGGAGAAGAGAGGCAUCAUAGAGUUCCACGUCAUCUCCAACUCACUGACCACCGAUCCUCCCGACCAGGUACUCCUCUGGCUCAUCGGCCUGCAGAACGUCUUCUCACAUCAGCUGCCCAGGAUGCCGAAGGAAUACAUAACCAGGAUCGUUUUCGAUCCGAAGCACAAAUCAAUGACCUUAAUAAAGGACAACAGAGUGAUAGGAGGGGUUUGUUUCCGCAUGUUUCCUUCCCAGAGUUUCUCUGAAAUUGUUUUUUGUGCUGUCACAUCCAACGAGCAAGUCAAGGGUUAUGGCACGCACCUAAUGAACCACAUGAAGGACUACCACAUCCAACACAACAUCCUCAACUUCCUUACCUUCGCUGAUGAAUAUGCUACUGGUUAUUUCAGGAAGCAGGGUUUUUCGAGGGAAAUAAAGAUGCAGAAGUCUUCGUACAUGGGCUACAUAAAAGAUUAUGAAGGGGCCAUUCUGAUGGGCUGCCAACUCAACCCACUUAUUGUCUACACUCAGUUCUCUGAAGUCAUUCGCAAACAGAAGGAGAUAGUGAAGAUGUUAGCAGAGAAGAAGAAAGAUGCUCUGAAGAAAGUCUAUCCGGGAUUGACGUGUUUCAAGGACGGAGUAAGGCAGAUCCCGAUCGAGAGCAUUCCUGGAGUGAUCGAAGCCGGAUACCAACCUUCCAACACUGCUGACGUCAAAAGAGAUGGUCCAGAUACGGAAGAGUUGUAUUCGCACCUCAAGUCAACACUCAACUCCGUGAAAACGCAUGCCAGUGCCUGGCCGUUCUUGAAACCAGUUGAAAAGUCAGAAGCUCCGGAUUAUUACGACCACAUUAAAUUCCCAAUGGAUUUGAAAACGAUGGGCGAGCGACUGAAGAGCAGGUACUACACGACCAAGAACAUAUUCAUCGCUGACAUGACGCGAAUCUUCACCAACUGCAGAUCAUACAACGACCCUGACACUGAAUACUUCAGAUGUGCUAAUGUUCUGGAAAAGUUUUUUCUCACCAAAUUAAAAGAAGCUAAUUUGAUUGACAAAUAA